CUCUCUCUCUCUUUUGGAGUCUCAAAAUAACAUGGCUUCUAUGGCUACUGUGGAUAUUAAACAAACGGAUGGCAUUCUGUCCCAUGAUGACAUAUCCCCUGACGUAGAAGGCUUCUUCCCUUUAAGUGCUUCUUCUCUUUCUCCUCAACUUGGAGCUAGCACGUCCGGGCCCGUAUAUAGGGGGCCAUCGUCCUUACAAGUAGAUAUGGAAAUCAAGGAGAGUACUAGGGAAGUAAGAACAGUGGCAGAGCUACCAAUACAAGAGAUGAAUGCAACGAUGACGUUGCCAGCCAAAGAAGAGAUAAAAUGGGGUAAGUGGGACGGCGUUGGACUUGGGUCGGAAGAGCCUGGCAUUUUCUUGACAUGGGAGGAUCUUUGGGUGACGGUUUCGAAUGGAAAAGAUGGCUGUCGGGCGAUUCUUCAAGGCCUCACAGGCUAUUCUCAGCCUGGUGAGGUUUUGGCCAUCAUGGGUCCCUCUGGUUGCGGCAAGUCCACACUUCUCGAUGCAUUAGCAGGGAGAUUAGGUGGUAACACCCGGCAAUCAGGAGACAUCCUAAUCAACGGCCGAAAGCAAACACUUGCAUUUGGGACCUCAGCUUAUGUGACUCAAGAUGAUUCUCUAAUGACGACGUUGACGGUUAGAGAAGCCGUGUAUUACUCAGCUCAGCUCCAACUUCCUGACUCCAUGCUAAAAUCCGAGAAGAAGGAGAGAGCGGAGACAAUGAUAAAAGAGAUGGGAUUGCAAGAUGCUAUGAACACGAGGAUUGGAGGGUGGGCCACCAAAGGACUUAGUGGGGGCCAGAAGAGGAGGGUCAGCAUUUGCAUAGAGAUGUUAACACGCCCGAAGCUACUGUUCCUGGAUGAGCCGACAAGCGGGCUCGAUAGCGCGGCGUCGUACCAUGUCAUGAGUCGGAUCGUGAGCCUUGCUAGACAAGGUGGGAGGACCAUCAUCGCAUCCAUCCAUCAGCCUAGCAGCGAAGUGUUUGAGCUCUUUCACAAUCUCUGCCUUCUCUCUUCUGGUAGAACAGUUUAUUUUGGCCCUGCUUCGGAAGCUAAUGAGUUUUUCGCAUUGAAUGGCUUUCCAUGCCCAUCUUUGAGGAACCCUUCUGAUCACUUCCUCAAAACAAUCAACAAAGACUUUGAUGAGGACAUUGAACAAGGCCCCGGUACAAAGUCAACUGCCGAAGUCAUCAACGUCCUCGUGAAAUCAUAUAAGUCAUCCCUCACCUGUAAACAAGUAUCACAGCGGGUCACCCAGAUACAUAAAAUGGAAGGAGGAGCUUUGCAGAAGAAAGGAAGCCAAGCAAGCUUCCUCAUGCAGAGCCUUGUCCUCACAAGAAGGUCCUUUGUGAACAAGAAGAGGGAUUUGGGCUACUACUGGCUGCGUCUCGUAAUAUACAUUGCAAUGUGUAUCUGUCUUGGUGCUAUCUACUACGACAUUGGUGAUGAUGUUGGAUCUAUUCAGGCUAGAGGUUCAAUGCUUUUAUUUGUAGCUGCAUUCAUGACUUUCAUAACAAUUGGCGGAUUCCCUUCCUUUGUGGAGGACAUGAAGAUAUUUGAACGGGAGAGAUUGAAUGGCCACUACGGCGUGAGCGCAUUCGUUGUAGGCAACACACUUUCUUCCAUUCCUUACUUGAUUCUUGUAUCAUUGAUCCCUGGAUCCAUUGCUUACUUCAUGGUGGGCCUUCAGAGAGGAGUUGAUAAUUUUGUAUUCUUCUCUCUCAUGUUAUUUGUGUGCAUGAUGUUGGUCGAAGGCCUGAUGAUGAUCGUUGCAAGUAUCGUCCCAGAUUUCCUCAUGGGCAUAAUAACUGGUGCUGGGAUCCAAGCAGUGAUGAUCUUGAGUGGCGGCUUCUUCCGGUUGCCGAAUGAUCUUCCAAAGAUCUUCUGGAGAUACCCAAUGUACCACAUUGCAUUCCACAAGUAUGCCAAUCAAGGAUUAUACAAGAAUGAGUUUAUGGGCCUGACAUUCCCCAACAACCAAGAAGGUGGGCCACCCAGAAUCACUGGGGAUGAGAUCUUGAGAAACAUCUGGCAGGUUGAGAUGGGCUACUCCAAGUGGGUCGAUCUUGCUAUCUUAAUUGGGAUGGUGGUUUUAUAUACGUUGAUGUUCUUGGGUAUUUUGAAGGUGAUCGAGAAGGGAAAGCCGAUGUUGAGAGCGAUGCUUUCAGUUACUUCCACGCAAACAUUGCAGGUGAUGGAGCAGCCCUGUACUCCCACACGUUGAUGCAAUUUCUUCCAUGGAGGUGAUUGGAUGAACGAAGGAAUCAGAAGAUCAGAAAAUAAUAAUAGUAAAGAUCUGCGCCCCUGUGGUGUUGAUGUUAUGUCUGAUGGGAAAUUAUAAUAAGCUUUUUUUGUGAAUUUGGUUUGAAUAUUUCAAGGAGUUUGUUCCAUUUGUUGGCUUUUUUUUUCCUUUGGUUUGAGUUUGGUGGGCCAUAGAUCAUGUAUGGUGAUUUAGAAUGUUGAUCUGAUGGAGCUUUGGUUGGGUAAUCGAAUCAUUGGUGACCCGCAAGAAAGAUAUAAGAGGAGGAAUCUUUGAUA